AUGCAAGAUGAUGAUGAUGAUUGGAGGCUAUCCCUUCUUCGCCCCUCCUCUCUCUCUCUCACUCUCCACUUUCGUGCCAUGAAGAAUUUCGUCGAUAGGACGACGACGACAACGAUGAUAUCUGCUGCAAAUGAGACAUCAUUGUCAUCAUCAUCAUCAUCAUCAUCAUCAUCAUCAUUUAUGUAUAGAGCAAGACAUAUUCCUCAAGAUGGCAAGCAUACACUACCAUUUUCCGAUUGUUUCUGA